GUUCCGACUAGUACUUGAACAAGGCAUCAAUCUAAUCUCACGUGUCAAUUGAGUAUAGGCUGCAGCCUGCUUUCGUGCUUGGGUUCUUUAAACCACCUGUAUAGGUUUAUUUACAACAAAGGAACGGCUGUGUGCGUAUCAGUUAGAAACCUCUAGGAGAAAUCAAAUUGACGUUGUUUUAGCUUUAUCUUGUGGGGAUACUGAUAAUGUUUCUGCUCGAUUCCGACUCACAGCUGGACUGUAUUCGUAAUUUAUUCGAAGGCGGAGAUGCUGUCAACUCAAGCAAUGUGUUGGGACAGUCCCCUGCACACUUGGCGGCAUGCAGCGGACAAGCCUUUUGUUUACUUUGGCUACUGCAAACGGGAGCUGAUGCAAAUCAGCAGGACAACAAUGGGGAGACACCCAUGCACAAAGCCGCCAAGGCCGGCAGUUUGGAAUGCAUCAGCGUGCUCGUUGCCAGUGAUGCCCAACUUGGCUCCAUUCCUCUGGAAUCCCUACCAUCACUGCAGCGAGCGCAACUUCAACCAUGUCAAUCAGUAAAUGGAUCUACGGGUUCUGCCAUGCUCUGAGAAGCCUACCGUAUCCCUUCCCCAGACCUGGAUCCAACUUAUGUCCUCCAUGAUCAACCACCCUCCAAGAUCCCACUUUUCAUUACAUUAUCUACAGCUACUGUUAAUGUCAUGUGGUUUGAUCUAAUCUGCUAAGGGACCUGUGGUUGACAUAUCAUCCUGGGCUCAGUGAGAUACACAGAUGCACUACAUACACUGGACUUUAAAGUCUCCCUCUUAAAGUCCACCUUCUGAGACUGGCUGCCUGUCAAGGGAAAGUGAGAAGAGGCACCCACCUCUUCUCUAUCCCACACGC